ACAAAAAUCAAAACAAACAAAAAAUUAAUUGUUUUCAUAAUUUUGUUGACAUUUUAUUGUUGUUGUUGUCAUCAUCGGUGGUAAAACACCAGACAUUUAAUUUAAUUGAUUGAUUGAUCACCCGAUUGUAUGUUGUCUUAAACCCAAUUAUUGGUGUCCACACACACACACACAGACACAGACACUAAUGGCUGUUCCCUAUUUGGAUCACUUCCUCGACAGUCUGGAAACGCUUCCCACAGAUCUUCAGCGAAAUUUUACAUUAAUGAGAGAUUUGGAUACAAAAACUGAAGAUUUGGUAACAAAAAUCAAUGGCGCAGCCGAAGAGUACAUCCAAACGGUUCCGGAUUUGUCGCCGGACAACAAAUACCAGCGCUUCGAUCAGAUUCACGAAAUGUUUGAAAAGGCAAAAGUCUUGAGCGACGACAAAGUCCAGCUGGCGAUGCAAACCUACGAAAUGGUUGACAAACAUAUCCGACGAUUGGAUACCGAGUUAGCCAAGUUUGACAGCGACCUCAAAGACAAACAGCUGACCGGUGUUGGUGUUGGCGGUGGUGGACACCUGUCGGACGCAUCUGUCGGUGGUGACGGCGGCGCUGGCAUCGGCUCGGCUGGCAAUGCUGUCGACGAGUCGUCGACUAAGAAAAAGGGCGGUCGUAAAGGCGGCGCCGGCGCUGCCGCCGAUAAGUUGUCCAAAGGGUUUAAUCCGAAAAAUGUUAUCAAAAGUGAUUCGGAUUCGAAGGGCGGCGGCGGCGGUGGUGGCCGUAAAAAACUGGACAAACUCAACGAAAAUGUGAUCAUCGGUAGUACAUCGGUGGCAGCAGUAUUACCGGCACUGAUGGCCAAUUCGGACAUUGGACUCGAUAUGGCUGUCGAUCCGAAUGAGCCCACAUAUUGUCUCUGCCAUCAGGUGUCCUACGGAGAGAUGAUUGGCUGCGAUAAUGCUGACUGUCCUAUUGAAUGGUUUCAUUUUGGAUGUGUCGGCCUAACCAUUAAACCGAAAGGAAAGUGGUUUUGUCCCAAAUGUAUUGUCGAAAGAAAAAAGAAAUAAUAAUAAUAAUAAUAAUU